CCCCCCUAAAACCCUCCCAUCCACAUCACUCAUCACUCCUCCCCCAAUCCCACUCCGCCGCCGCCGCGCCGCCAGCCUACCCCACCAUGGCGGCGACCACCCACGCCUCCUCCAUGUCGUUCCUCCUCUCCCACCCGCAGCCGCGCUCCGCCACCCCCGGCACCCGCCUCCCGCUCCGCCCGCCCGCCCGCCGCGUCCGCUGCGCCACCGACGCCGCCGCCGCCGCCAGCAUCAAGCACCGGCGCGCGGCGGAUGAGAACAUCCGCGAGGAGGCGGCGCGGCACCCCGCCCCGAAGCAGGGCCUCUCCGCGUGGUACGAGCCCUUCCCGCCCGCCCCGAACGGCGACCCCAACGAGCGCUACUCCCUGGACGAGAUCGUCUACCGCUCCAGCUCGGGGGGCCUCCUCGACGUGCGCCACGACAUGGAGGCGCUGGCCCGCUUCUCGGGCGCCUACUGGCGGGACCUCUUCGACUCCCGCGUCGGCCGCACCACCUGGCCCUACGGCUCCGGCGUCUGGUCCAAGAAGGAGUUCGUCCUCCCCGAGAUCGACCCCGACCACAUCGUCUCCCUCUUCGAGGGCAACUCCAACCUCUUCUGGGCCGAGCGCCUCGGCCGCGACCACCUCGGCGGGAUGACCGACCUCUGGGUCAAGCACUGCGGCAUCUCCCACACGGGAUCCUUCAAGGACCUCGGCAUGACCGUGCUCGUCAGCCAGGUCAACCGCCUCCGCCGCGCGCCGCUGUCGCGCCCCAUCGCCGGCGUCGGGUGCGCGUCUACAGGGGACACCUCCGCCGCGCUCUCCGCCUACUGCGCCGCCGCGGGGAUACCGGCCAUUGUCUUCCUCCCGGCCAAUCGCAUCUCGCUGGAGCAGCUCAUCCAGCCGAUUGCAAACGGCGCCACUGUGCUCUCGCUCGACACCGACUUCGACGGCUGCAUGCGGCUCAUCAGGGAGGUGACUGCCGAGCUGCCUAUUUACCUUGCCAAUUCGCUCAAUUCUCUUCGGCUUGAGGGGCAGAAGACAGCGGCUAUUGAGAUACUGCAGCAGUUCGAUUGGGAGGUGCCAGAUUGGGUCAUUGUUCCAGGAGGCAAUCUUGGGAACAUCUAUGCCUUUUACAAGGGAUUCGAGAUGUGCCGUGUUCUUGGGCUUGUUGAUCGUGUGCCUCGGCUCGUCUGCGCACAGGCUGCCAAUGCCAACCCGCUGUACAGUUAUUACAAGUCGGGUUGGACUGAGUUCCAGCCACAGGUGGCCAAGCCGACAUUUGCAUCGGCGAUCCAGAUCGGUGACCCGGUGUCUGUUGACCGAGCUGUGGUCGCACUCAAGGCAACAAAUGGAAUUGUUGAGGAAGCCACAGAGGAAGAGCUCAUGAACGCAAUGUCGCUUGCUGAUCGCACUGGAAUGUUUGCCUGCCCACAUACUGGUGUUGCGCUCGCCGCACUGUUCAAGCUCAGGGACCAGCGUGUCAUCGGGGCGAAUGAGCGUGUUGUGGUUGUCAGCACGGCACAUGGUCUGAAGUUCUCGCAAUCCAAGAUCGACUACCAUGAUAGCAAGAUCGAGGACAUGGCUUGCAAGUAUGCCAACCCGCCGGUGAGUGUGAAGGCCGACUUUGGUGCCGUCAUGGAUGUCCUCAAGAAGAGGCUCAAGGGUAAGCUCUGAGCCUCUGGUUGGCUAACUCUUCAAAUUGGUUGCUGUGUAUCAGUUGUGUUCUGCAUCUGAUUUGAAUGCAGUGGGUGACUAUGGAGCAAUGAUUCAUCGGUCACUAGUACUUUAGGUCCUGGUGUUCUUUCAGGUUUCAUUGGGGAUAGGCUAUCUUAUUGAGGAAUUUAGCAAGACUUGGGAGGGGCUAUCUCUUGUAGUAUCAUGUGUUCUAUGGAUAAUAAGUGAUGGUGUUGCUGUUGGAUUGAAUAAUCAUCACUCACUCUUCUGUCCUUUGUGCAUGAACUUGUCGAAUAUUCAUUUUGGCUGUUACUAUC